UGGGAAGACAGGAAAAAAAUCUCUAAUCCUCUGACUUACUCAGCAGAUGCCUACAACAGACAAAACUGGGCCAGGUCCAAGUCAGGAACCAGGAACUCAAAGCAUGUCUCCCACAUAGUUGGCAGGAACACAAUUACUUGAGCCAUCACUGCUACCUCCCAGGGUUGGCAUUAGCAAGAACCUAGAAUCAGGAGCCAGAGCCAAGAGUCCAACCCAGGCCCUCUGACAUGAGACAUAGGCAUCUUAACUGGUGCCUUAUGCCAAAUGCCCACCCCAUUGGCCCUACCAUUUAAUGCCUGUGUUUCCCUGGCUAAAUUGUUUAUGCUGCCUCGUGCCCAUGUUUCUUUGUUUUCAAGAUAAAAUGAUCUGUAUGGGAUUAUGAAGAUCAGAAAUAAUUUACUAUGAUCAUAGCAGAAUGCUGGGCACAAAGGUAGCUAUCAAUUAACUUUUAUUGUUAGGAAGCCGAUGGCUUUAAAAAGCAGUGAAGAGGACGUGGAAACAUGGUGUCCCUAGGCUUUAUUGUGAGUGCUGCGUAAAGGGUUAAAAUGGUAUAUACUUUUGUGCUUUAUCAUUCACACUGCGCUUCCUCACUUACUGCUAUAAAGACUUUUUUUAAAAUUCAUUUAUUUAUUUGAAAGGUGGGGGGGGGGGAGAUCUUCCAUCUGGUGGUUCCUUCCCCAGACAGCCAACACAGUCAGAACUGGACCAGACUGAAGCCAGGAGCCUGGAAUUCCAUCCUUAUCUCCCACAUGCAUGUCAGAAGUCCAAGUAUAUGGACCACUGUCUGCUGCCUUCCCAGGAGCAUUAGCAGAAAACUGCAUCAGAAGUAGAUUUCCAGGGGCUUGAACCAGCACUCCGAUAACAGACUUGCUGGUGUCCCAAGCAGUAGCUUAACCUUCUGCAUCAAAACACUUCCCCCGAUAUUGAGGAUUGGAUGAAGGGAUGAGGGUAGCUUCUGGCUUUAAGUCCUAAGGGUAGAACUAACAGAGAAUUCCUUGUAUUAUUUUUACCUCUUGUCCUACUCCCAUUGCUCUACUCAUAUUCCUCAUCUAACUUGAUGGGGAAAAUCCAAAUUUAUAGGGAGCCAGCCCUCUGCAAACUGAUCUUGGCACCAAGUUGCCAUGGGAUCCAUAAAAAACAUUUCUAGCAGGACACAUACAUAGCCCAAAGUCUGAGUUGUGUAGAACAGAGAAAAGAUUAGCUUGAUGGUCUGUAGGAUUCUGAAUUUGGUGUUUGUCCUAGCCUUUGUGUAAUACUUUUUCUUGGUCAGUGUUGGGAAUUUUUAAUAUGGCAACUAGAGUACUGCCUAGUAAUUUUUUGUCUGCUGAAUAUGUUUUCUUAAAAUGACUAAGGUGAAUGAGUAAUUGUGAUUGGUACAAGUUAAGGAGCAUUUUAUUUUUCCUUUUUUUUUUUUUUUGACAAUGUGUUAUUGUUCUUGCUAUUUUCUCCUACCUGCCUGACUUGCAGAUAACUGAACUGCAUUUUGAUCUUUGAAAUUUAGCUGACCCUGACCAUGGAUGAAAUCCCAAUGUAUUAUACUUGAAUAUAAAAUUGCUUUGGGACAGAAUCGAAAAACCAAGUGCCCUAUAUUUAAACUAGGUGAUCACUGAAGGAAUUAUAAAUUGCCCUAGUUUAGCAUAAACAUUUACCUGCUGGUAAUAUGUUUAAAUAUUUACAUGAAUAUUGAUAAUUAGGAAAGUAAUAUCUGUUUGAAUACUUUAAAUUCAUCAAUGGAGAUUUUCUACAAUGUGAAAUUUCACGUCCAUCAUUAGAAUCUUUGUAAAAGAGCUCUCACUAUUUUAAAAUCAAAUCAUUAAAGCUAGAAAAUAAACACAGCAAGUAUUUUAAAAUACAAGUUAUAAUUAUAUAGAUGUAGUUUAUAUAGAGGCGAACUUAAGGAUAACUCAUUUUGCCCAUAAGCUCAUUAUAGUCAUGGUUACAAUUAUGCAAAUUGGCUCAGGCUUUUGUUGUUGUUAGUGAUGGUACUGCAAACAUGUUAAUAUAUUAAUACUCUUUAAAUCAUUUAUAAUUAUGGACUAAUUUCUUCUUGAACGAAAUGAUGAUAUUCUCGUCUUAUGCCACUUAAAGCUUAAGCAUGGCUGAAAGCAGUGGGGCUUGUACUACAUAAAAAGUAUUUUGUGCGUCAAACAGUUUUUUCCGGACUUGAGCUCUAAUCUUACUGCCUUGGGGAUGGCUAUCGUGGAUAUACGGUGCAGACUGACACACAGUUUUUGUUGGUGUUGGUGAACAGAAUGGCUCCUUGGAAACCAUUUGUAUGUCCAUUCCCAGUGAAGUGAGGACUGCCACACAGCAGAAUGUUCAGAGAGCCUGUGUUCUCUGUUAAGGUCAUGGCAUUUCUUCCUGUGUUUUAAUGACUUCUGUUUUCAAGGGAAGAAACAGCCUCAUUGAAACCCUCUGUAAGACAGAGCUCCUGAAACCUAACCUAAAAGGCGUGCUCUUAAAGAAACCCCUUCUUAAUACUUGCAGUGCGGUUGUAGCUGAAGACAUGUGGUAUCUAUUACAGCACCCAGGGAAUUCAAACCUCUGCAGCAAGUCACAGGCAAAGGCUAAUUUAAAAAUGAAGUGGUAGUCCUAGCUCUGUUACUUGCCAGUGUUUCCUAUUAACUUGGCAUUCGUCUGGUCUCCUUUGGGUGGGACGGGGACCGGAAUGCGGAUGUGUGGACUUCUAUCCACCUCCCCUAGCACCGGCUUUCUCUCAUGCAUCCUCAGCAUUUCACAAGGGGCACUGCAAGCCUCACACGGUCAUAGCAAAAAAGCAGAGCUGUCCAUGGUUAGAAAAAUGUUCUAACUGUUGGUUGAGAAUCAGGUAAUCGCCGUCCUCUUGGUGAACAAAACUUAUCCGAGGGCUAGGAGAGGAAUGCUAUCUCCAGCGGCAGGCAGGAAGAAAUUGCUGUUGAAAAGCUUUACCUCUCUAGGGAGGAAUCAGAUAUCAGACUUUGCCAAGCCUCAGGUCCAACCCAUAAGGUCCCACCUACAUCCUCCGCCCCAUCCCAGCUUUGUUAGAUGGCUAGCAUCGAUCGACAGCUUUUUCUGACCCAACAGUGGGUGAAGGAAAGAGAGCCAGCAAGACUGAGAAAAGCAAGGUUGGGGGUGGGGGGAGCGGUGGGGACGAGGAGGAGGUGGGAGACUGGGGCCGCUUUUGUAGAGAGAGAGAAAGGAAGGGGGUGGGGGUCUGGGACUAAGCUUAACUGAUGCCUGCCUGCUUCUCUUUGAUUUGAUGGUCUUUAUUCCUUCUAAUUGGAUAAAAUAGGAAGUCACUGGCAGUCCUGUGUUGCUGGGUGUACUGUACUGAUUUCACUCAGACCAGCCAGCAGCUCUAGAGUGGGGAGAGAGAGUGGGGGUGGGGAGAGGAGAGAGGGAGAGAGAGACAGGAAGAGAGAGAGAAGAGGGAGAAGUGAGAGAGAAGAGAGAGAGACGUGUUUGGGAUGAGGAGGGGAAAGAAAGCGAGAGACUACGAAGAAGGGAAGAGGCGCAGAGGAAGAAAGUGAGCGCUCAGAGAGGACAAAGAGGUGUGGUGUUGGGGGUGGGGGUGGAGGCAGGGCGGGGAAGGGAGUUACCGCCCCUCCCGGCCGCGCGCUUCCCUUCAGAUCCCUCGGUGAGGCUGGCUGUUUGCAGUGAUGCUUGGAGGGCAGGCACCUGCUGCUCUGUAAUGAUUCAGCCUCUUUCAGCCUCCGCGUUAACACAACAGGAUGCUGUUGCUACUGUCACUGCUGCCUCUCCUGCCGCCGCCGCUGCUGCCGCCGCCGCCGCUGCUCCUGUUUUUGCUUUUACUUCUCCUGCAUGACAGUUGUUUUCUUCAUCUAAGCAGACACCAGCUUCAGAUGCUCGGGGUGAGGAACCUGCCUUUCAGUUUGGGCUACUGGUUUACUUAAUUAACCGGGAGCAAGCAGCUCCCGCCGCCGUGUUGGCCCCUGUCCUCUUGAUCAGCCGGGAUGGUUCGGAGAAGCAUUUAAAAGAACUAGAAAAGUGGCCCAGAAACAACAGCUUAGAGAAUUAUAUACUUUUAUUUCAUAGUUGAGAGAAGCUUUUUUUUUUUUUAAAUUAUCCUUCCUCCUGAAUUCCUCUUGCUUUGGAUAAUGGCCUUGGACUUGGACGACUUAUCGAUUUCCCCCUCUAAGAUGCUGUAUCAUUUGGGUGGGGGGGGCUCUGCAUGGUAAUGGACCGUGUGAGAGGCCAGGCCUUCUGGAGGUGAGCCCAUGGAGAUUUAUUCCCCAGACAUGUCUGAGGUAGCCACUGAGAGGUCCUCCAGCCCCUCCACUCAGCUGAGUGCAGACCCAUCUCUUGACGGGCUUCCGGCGGCCGAAGACAUGCCCGAGACCCAGACGGAAGAUGGGAGGACCCCCGGACUCGUGGGUCUGGCCGUGCCCUGCUGUGUGUGCCUGGAAGCCGAGCGCCUGAGAGGUUGCCUCAACUCAGAGAAAAUCUGCAUUGUCCCCAUCCUGGCGUGCCUCGUCAGCCUCUGCCUCUGCAUCGCCGGCCUCAAGUGGGUCUUUGUGGACAAGAUAUUUGAGUAUGACUCUCCCACUCACCUUGACCCUGGGGGGUUGGGCCAGGACCCUGUGAUUUCUCUGGCUCCCACUGCUGCCUCAGCUGUGUGGGUAUCGUCUGAGGCGUACACUUCACCUGUGUCUGGGGCUCAGUCCGAAGCUGAGGUUCAAGUUACAGUGCAAGUUGACAAUGGCGUUGUGUCCUCUAAGCCUUCAGCGGCACUGACCCCGAAGAACCGUGUCUUUGCUUUUUCCUUCCUGCCUUCCACGGUGCCGUCCUUUCCCUCGCCCACUCGGAACCCUGAGGUGAGAACACCCAAGUCUGCAACUCAGCCACAAACAACAGAAACUAAUCUCCAAACUGCUCCUAAACUUUCCACAUCGACGUCCACCACCGGGACAAGUCACCUUGUCAAGUGUGCCGAGAAGGAGAAAACUUUCUGUGUGAAUGGGGGCGAGUGCUUCAUGGUGAAAGACCUUUCAAAUCCUUCACGAUACCUGUGCAAGUGCCCAAAUGAGUUUACUGGUGAUCGCUGCCAAAACUACGUAAUGGCCAGCUUCUACAAGCAUCUUGGGAUUGAAUUUAUGGAAGCAGAAGAGCUCUACCAGAAGAGGGUGCUGACCAUAACUGGCAUCUGCAUCGCCCUGCUGGUGGUCGGCAUCAUGUGUGUGGUGGCCUACUGCAAAACCAAGAAACAGCGGAAAAAGCUUCAUGACCGGCUUCGGCAGAGUCUUCGGUCAGAACGGAACAACAUGGUGAACAUAGCAAACGGGCCUCACCACCCCAACCCACCCCCAGAGAACGUGCAGCUGGUGAAUCAAUAUGUGUCUAAAAAUGUCAUCUCCAGUGAGCACAUUGUUGAGAGAGAAGCAGAGACAUCUUUUUCCACCAGUCACUAUACCUCGACAGCUCAUCAUUCCACCACUGUCACCCAGACUCCUAGUCACAGCUGGAGCAAUGGACACACUGAGAGCAUCAUUUCGGAAAGCCACUCUGUAAUCAUGAUGUCAUCAGUAGAAAACAGUAGGCACAGCAGCCCAACAGGGGGCCCAAGAGGACGUCUUAAUGGCUUGGGAGGCCCUCGAGAGUGUAACAGCUUCCUCAGGCAUGCCAGAGAAACCCCUGACUCCUACCGAGACUCUCCUCAUAGCGAAAGGUAUGUGUCAGCCAUGACCACCCCGGCUCGUAUGUCACCUGUAGAUUUCCACACGCCAAGCUCCCCCAAAUCGCCCCCUUCGGAAAUGUCUCCGCCUGUGUCCAGCAUGACGGUGUCCAUGCCCUCCAUGGCAGUCAGCCCCUUCGUGGAAGAAGAGAGACCCCUGCUUCUUGUGACUCCACCAAGGCUCCGGGAGAAGAAGUAUGACCACCAUCCUCAGCAAUUCAACUCCUUCCACCACAACCCCGCGCAUGAGAGUAACAGCCUUCCCCCCAGCCCCUUGAGGAUAGUGGAGGAUGAGGAGUACGAAACGACCCAGGAGUAUGAGCCAGCUCAGGAGCCUGUUAAGAAACUCGCUAAUAGCCGGCGAGCCAAAAGAACCAAGCCCAAUGGCCACAUUGCCAACAGGUCGGAGAUGGACAGCAACACAAGCUCUGAGAACAGUGACUCAGAGAGUGAAACAGAGGAUGAAAGAGUAGGUGAAGAUACGCCUUUCCUGGGCAUACAGAACCCCCUGGCCGCCAGUCUUGAGGCAGUACCUGCCUUCCGCCUGGCUGACAGCAGGACUAACCCAGCAGGCCGCUUCUCAACGCAGGAAGAAAUCCAGGCCAGGCUGUCUAGUGUAAUUGCUAACCAAGACCCUAUUGCUGUAUAAAACCUAAUAAACACAUAGAUUCACCUGUAAAACUUUAUUUUAUAUAAUAAAGUAUUCCACCUUAAAUUAAACAAUUUAUUUUAUUUUAGCAGUUCUGCAAAUAGAAAACAGGAAAAAAACUUUUAUAAAUUAAAUAUAUGUAUGUAAAAAUGUGUUAUGUGCCAUAUGUAGCAAUUUUUUACAGUAUUUCAAAACGAGAAAGAUAUCAAUGGUGCCUUUAUGUUAUGUUAUGUCGAGAGCAAGUUUUGUACAGUUGCAAUGAUUGCUUUCCCACAGUAUUUCAGCAAAGCGUCCCAUAUAUUCAGUUUUUGCUGGCUUCUUGUGCAUUGCAUUAUGAUGUUGACUGGAUGUAUGAUUUGCAAGACUUGCAACUGUCCCUCUGUUUGCUUGUAGUAGCACCCAACCAGUAUGUCUUGUAAUGGCACAUCCAUCCAAAUACUCUUCUCUUUUGUACGAAAUUUUCUUUGCUUUCAGAAUAUGAAAUGAGUUGUGUCUACUCUGCCAGCCAACGGUUUGCUUCAUUGGGCUCUGAGAUAAUAGUAGAUCCAACAGCAUGCUACUAUUAAAUACAGCAGGAAACUGCAUUAAGUCUUGUUAAAUAUUAGGAAGAAAGUAAUACUGUGAUUUUUUAAAAAAAACUAUAUUAUUAGUCUGAAGACAGCUUGCUCUUACUAAAAGGAGCUACCAUUUUCUUUAUUUUGAUUUAUUUUUUGUGACAAAAAGCAACAGUUUUAGGGAUAACUUAGAAAAUGGGUUCUGGCUUGCUGUCAGGGUAAAUGUAAUACCUUCCAAGAGGACUCAAUUUCACUUUCUCUCCGGGGGAAUGAUCCAGAAGCUCAUUGAAAUCAAAACUGAUAAAGGUGCAAUCAUCUCUGACUUGUACAUUUCACUGAUUUUGGAGCUAGAGAUGGGUGUCAGCUCAGCUCAACAGGAGGCAUGUCGCGGCACAAAAGGCCCAGUUCAGGCAGCACUGUUUAGUUUAUCUGAAACACAGCUCGAGUGAAACGUGUCUGCUGUUUGUGGACGUGACGCCAUUGUAGGGAAAUAUUUCCAUCAGAGUUUUUAGGAGUAGACGCAUAGAAGACACAGGUGAAGAGCAGCUGUGUGACUCAGUUGGUGUUUUAAAGCUUCAUUGACCACUACUUUCUUCCCGUUGUUUUUCUCUUGUUUCCCAAUGCUGCCUUGAUUAAAUCAAAACUAUGCACCGACAUUUUCGUCAGGAGUGGCCAGUGUGCGUGUGGUUUGUGAUUACUGAGAACCUCCCACAAGGGAUGACUCCUGAGGAAGUGUCAGUCGUGUUGGAAGGAUUGCACCUUUACUUAAAGAGGUGACCCCCACCUGUGUUCUGACCUCUAUAUUUAUAACCUAUACCACUCCUUUUCCCGUUCUCUUAAUUUUUGCUUAACUGUCACAAAGCAGGACUAAGAUUAGUCUAAAUUUUGCAUGUUCUCAUGGGAUUGUAAAUCCAAGGAAGGCCGAUAGGCAUUAAUAUUUGAAAUAACUGCUAAUUCAGGAAAAUGAGUUUGAAAAAAGAAAUGCUGAACCCAUUUCACGCCCUGCCUGAUUAUCUACCAAUCAAGGCUGGAGCUUUAUAGAGGUUCCAAGUGGCUUCCUAGGAGCCAGGGGACAAAACAGGAAAAUAGGAGUAAUUGCUUUUUGUUUGCAGGUGAACUUCACCAAAUCUUUAUGUUAACAACUAAUGGGAAGAAAUGACAUAUAAGGAGGUCUUAGAAGAAAAAUGCAGGCUGGGCAUGAGUCAUAUCAUUAUGUUCCUACGUGUUUCUACAAUCCACAGAGAUGCCUGUCUGCUGGUCCGUGAAGUUGCUCUUAUCGUUUGGUAUCCCAGAUUUCUGUCAUUGUUCUUACUCCACUUGCUUUUUGCUCAACAGUGUCUUCCUCUGCUUUGAUAUCGACUCUGAGGAGCCCCGUCAGGUUGCAUGGAUUUCCCAGUUCUAUAGAAUUAGAAGCUCAUGGCACGGGGAAGGAGACAGUCAGCCCAAAGAGGGCCUCUUAAUUACUUUGGCAUUCAUUGCUUUUAAAGGCCGUGGUUCAUUAUUAGGUAAUUCACUGAAUAGAUUCUCACAUGAAUUAAGAACCUUAAAAAUUUUGUUUCAGAUGCUUUGGACAUUGGUGUAUUCAGAUGUCCCAUCCUAAAAUUUUUCAAGAAUAAAUAGAAUCUUUCACGAAGAGACGGGAGCCGCGUUCUCCUCCGUCUUGAGAAUAGCCGUGAAUUUUCAAAUUGCCGAUGUCAAUCAAAAAUUUAGGACAAGAGGCAAUUUUAUCUCUAACUUCUUCUGGUCUUUCACAGAGGUGGCAUGAUGGUUGGGACAGCCUUUCUACCCAAAGAACAAGAGCUUCCCUGCACAGCCACCAGAUCCAUGUUCACAGGGACAUCUCAGCAGUGCGACAGUGCUGUGUCCCUCGGAGCCAUCCCUGUUUAUUAAAAAUUCAGACAGUACAAUGGCACUUCAGAGGACUAGGGAUCCAUGUUCCCAGCAGGUGCAACGUUGUCUUGGGUGUUGAGAUGGUGAGAAUUGCUUAGGACAUUUUCAGCAACUUUGUUACCUGGAUCUGAAAUCAUAUCCCACCAGGGUAUGCAGUAGAAUAUAGCAUUUGCAAAGCUCUUUUUCUCACUCACGAUUCCUUUUCUGUCCUGUUUCCCCUCUUACCUGGUAUGAAUUGUUUUCUUCUCCAAGUAUGUCCAGACAACCUUCUGCUUUCUGCAAAAUGAUACUCUGUGUAGGAGAAUGUGUCCCCAACAGCAAGAUGUCUUUUCUUGUAUCAGUGUAACUGUCUUGAUGUAGGUGGAGCCCAUUCAUGGUAACUUGCACAGUAACUACUCCUUUUUUCUUUUUUUGGCCUGGGUUGAAGGGUACAUGGUUCACAUUGGUGAAAGUAAGGAAGGCCUGACCUUACCUUGUAGUACUGGUUCCAUUCCAUCAGCCACAGAGAUUUCCAUCCUCCAAGACCCAUGAAACACUGCAGAGAAAUGCAGACGAAAAGAGAUGGCCACAUUUCACAAGUUCCAUUAUAUAUUCUUUUGUAAAUACAUAUUGUACAUUACUUGGAUGUUUUCUUAAAUCAUUUAUUGUCUUUAUGAGUUAAUGUCAGUUUUACUCUCUCAAUUUACUGUGUAACAUUGUAAAUAACAUAAUGUCCUUUAUUAUUUAUAUUUAAGCAUCUAACAUAGAGAGAGUUGUUUUCAUAUAAGUUUAAGAUAAAUGUCAAAAUAUAUGUUUUUUGUUUUCUUUACUUUAAAAUUAUGUAUCUUUUCCUUUUUCUUUUUUUUUAAAGAAUAAUUUAUUGUUCAGGAGAAAGAAUGUAUAUGUAACUGAAACUAUUUCAAGAAUGCACAUUUGAAGGCCGUGAGGUACUGAUAAACUAAAGAAUUUAUUAUCCAAAAUACUAAGCAAUAAGUAAUUGUGAUUUAUUUAAAGUUCUGUUCAUUUUCCAUGAAAGACAUACUGCAAUAAAAACGCUACUCUGUGGAGACCGGGCA